AUGGCUUCGCUUUCCAACUCAACUAUUUCUGGAAAAGUGCUGAAAGAACCCAACAAUGGGGGAAAGAUGACCUAUCUAGAUAUGUCUCUAGAUGACAUUAUAAUCCUUAAAAAGUUAGAAAGUAAAAACACUGAAUCAAAAAAGAAUGGGACACAGAACCGUAAAAAGAAGAACCCAAUUUCAAGACAGCGAGCAAAUGCUCGUAGGCAUCGCCGGCAAAGAGGAUACUCAAGAUUCAGAUUCCUUGAGGAAGGAAAUGAUACAAAACCGUACCAAGAACCUUCUGGAUUCAAGCCUGGACAAAGCUCUUUAAACAAGCAGCCUGUAAAUAAGCAGGAGAAGUGCAAUGAAAAUUCUAAGUCCCAAGCAGAGAGGAGUGGAAGCCAGUCAGAAGGGAACCAGAAUCAACUGGAAGGAUCUCAAGGCCAAUCAUCAGAAAAUCAUCAUUCAGAGAGAUCUCGUGGCCAUUCAGAGAGUUCUUGUGGCCGGUCAGAGAGUUCUCAGGGCCAGUCGGAAAGAUCUUGUGGCCAGUCGGAAAGAUCUCAUGGCCAGUCAGAAAGAUCUCAUGGCCAAUCAGAGAGUUCUCAUGGCCAAUCAGAGAGUUCUCAUGGCCAAUCAGAGAGUUCUCAUGGCCAAUCAGAGAGUUCUCGUGGCCAUCAGAGAGAUCUCAUGGCCAGUCAGAGAGAUCUCAUGGCCAGUCAGAGAAAUCUCAAGGCCAGUCAGAGAGAUCUCAUGGUCUGUCAGAGAGUUCUUGUGGCCAGUUGGAGAGAUCUCCAGGCCAAUCUGAGAGAUCUCGUGGCCAGUCCGAGAGUUCUCGUAGCCAGUCCGAGAGUUCUCAUAGCCAGUCCAAGAGUUCUUGUAGCCUGUCCAAGAGUUCUCAUAGCCAGUCCAAGAGUUCUUGUAGCCUGUCCAAGAGUUCUCAUAGCCAGUCCAAGAGUUCUUGUAGCCAGUCCAAGAGUUCUCAUAGCCAGUCUGAGAGUUCUCGUGGCCAGUCCGAGAGAUCUCGUGGCCAGUCUGAGAGACCUCGUGGCCAUCCCGAGAGAUCCAAGGGCCAAUCGGAGAGAUCUCGUGGCCAGUCAGAGAGAUCUUGUGGCCAACCAGAAAGAUCUCGUGGCCAACCAGAGAGAUCUCAUGGCCAAUUAG